GGAAGGUGAAGCUGCUGUUUCUUCAAUCCCAACCCCCAGGCACACGUACUCACUUUUCUUCAACCUCCAGAUUUCAAAAUCUUGGCUUUGUUAUAAGUUGAUUCUGCCGGAGACAAAUCAAACGCCGAUACUUUCACUUCGAACCCUUUUCAUCCCACGGAAUGUGAUCCUUUGCUUAUGAUAACGAAUACACUUUGAGAAGCUGCUGAUCACUGUCGUUGCUUUCACCUUUAUCUCCACCUUGCAUCACAUUGAGUUAUUGGCGGUUUGACAAUAUUCAUCUUUGACGACUCUAUUCACGAACUACUGCGAUCAUCUUCUCGGCAUUUUUAUUCGAUCUGUUAUCUGGUCCUUGGCUUCUACUCUAUCUCAUUUCUCAACAAUACUGCAACAAAAUACUGUUCCGGUUGUCUAUCGCCGAUCCCCCAACGCCGUCCCUCCGUAGCUGCCGCUCCGGUUCAACUUUCGGAUCACCCGGACAUAUGAGCGACAACUACCACUUCCUCGAUUUCUCAGGUGCCACAGCUUACUCUCAUUUCUGCGAUCGGCCAAGCAUAUCAAGAGGAUUUUAAGCUUAAUUCUCGUCCAAUUCACUUGCUUACUUCCAUAUUGGCCUUGUGAGAUCCAGAUCUCGGUAUCAUGCCUAUCUCACCACUAUGGGCUCUUAUGCCCCGCGGCGACCACUCCUCAUCGCCAGAGACCGAUCAGUCUUCGUCUUCAGGCACCACGGGAAAUGUGUAUCCGUCAGAUUCAUUUGCAGAUGACCUAUUUCGCGACAAGUUCAUGGGCAUCGCCAAGGGAGGCUCCAAUGGGGAGAAAAUCAUGCGUGGCUUUCUGAUCGGUCUCGCCAUUGGCCUGGUUGUCGCAUGCUUCGUUUGCUGUUGGUACCCAUGCUGUCGACCACGACUCCAAAAUCAGCGUCGAAGACAACGAAGGCGCCGAGGCCCCCCCGCAGCAGACGAAGAAGAAAAUGCAACAAGUAGUGCGCCUCCUGCAUAGCGAUGACCACAGCUGGAUCAUGGAUAUGGGGAGGGUUUGACGUCGGCAAGUUGACGCUUUGACCGAAAGUAAGGCGGUGACCGUUUCACUUGCGACAACUUUCGAAAAACGACCUUGAUUGAAGACGGCCUGCAAGAUCGAUAUGACACGAUACGAACACACGAACAAGCACAAGAGGACUAUGCAUAGAGCUGCGAACCAUCAUCCUUGAUCACAUCGCUCAGCACGCACGGGCUCAUUAACAGUACAACCGAUUGGUCAGAUGGAAGUGUUUUGUGGCCGCGGGCCUGAAGUAAGGGCCUUGCACAUAAGUACUGCAAUUACUGCUGCCAAGCCAAGUUCAAAUUUCGUGUUGUUGAUCUGAGAUGAGGGAGCCUUGGGAAGCGCGACGAUAGCUACGCAAAGCUAGGGCAUAUUUGCAAUCGAGGGGAGAAGAGGGGACCGAACCUACUUACAUCAUUAAAGGUGGACUAUGACAUGAAUUUCAGAAGAAGGCGCACCAAAACGGACAUGGCAUUGAAUUUGCAUUGGAUGCAAGGCGUUCAGAGACGAUGUAUGCAUUUGGGACUGUUUGAAGGCUAAAGCACGGCAGGCAUGAACUAGCAUCUGGAAUUUUAGGCAUCUCACGGCGCUUUCGCAGUCUAUUAGACAAAGAGAUGAGAGUAGAGAGUAUCAGUUCUCUAGAAUAACAAAUCAUACCCUGUAUAUUUGAUAGUGUGACACUUGUAUACGCAAUGGAAUGAAAUAUCAGGUCCAAAGCUGACGCAAAGGACGAGGCUCAAACGAUC